UAUUUAAUACAUGAUUAUUGUGCCGUAGAGCAACAGUUCACAACACUGUCAUCAUCCUGUUUGGAGCGAUUUUCCGAUCAGGAUCGUGGCUCUCUCCGCCCAUGCCCAAAAUCAAGCCCGUUCCAUGAUUCUGUUAAUCUUUCUCAUUCAAUUGGUUCUCUGUGUUGCAGAAAAUUCAUUGAAUGAGGUCACGGAUGCCAUAAUUUUGCAGAAGAAGGGCGGAGGAGAGCAGAGGGAAUUCGAUUACUUCAAAUUGGCCCUGCAAUGGCCCGGUACCAUGUGUAGGGGCAUUCGCCACUGUUGUUCCUCCAACGGUUGCUGUGAUGGAUGUGGUGCUGUUGGUGUCUUUACAAUUCAUGGAUUGUGGCCCGAUUAUAAUGAUGGAUCCUGGCCUUCAUGUUGCACUGGAAAGAAUUUUGAUGAGAAGGAGAUUCGUACUUUGAAUUUUCCCCUGAAGAAAUAUUGGCCAACUUUCAGUUGUAGUUCACCUUCAACUUGCCAUGGUACAAAGGGAUCAUUUUGGGCUCAUGAGUGGGAGAAGCAUGGAACUUGUUCUAAUCCAGUAGUUCGUGAUGAAUACGAUUACUUUUUGACAACGCUCAACCUCUAUUUCAAAUAUAAUGUCUCUUUUGGUUACUAUCGAGCACAUCUCAUGUCUCAGAAAGUGUUGAACGAAGCUGGAUAUGUAGGUUCAAAUACUGAAAAAUAUCCUCUUGGAGGCAUCAUUUCAGCAAUUGAGAAUGCUUUUCAUGCCACCCCUUCGCUAGUCUGUUCAAAGGAUGCAGUGAAGGAACUUCAUUUAUGUUUCUACAAGGAUUUCAAGCCUCGUGACUGCGUUCUGACCGACUCACAGAAUUCGAUCGUUUCUGCGAAAAAAUCGUGUCCCAAAUAUGUUAGCUUACCAGCAUAUGAGCCAGCAGGCAAGGUCUUCAAUGAAAUCCUCUUAACUGACUCAAGCAGGCAAGAUCUAAGUGCUUAAAUAUAUAGCAAAUACUAUUAUUUCUCUGAUCAAGAGAGAUAUAUUUAAUUAUGAAUCUGUAUUAUUGAAUCUUUACAAUCUGCUAAAUAUUUCUUAUACCUUACCUUCUGGAAGCCAUUGUAAAUUGGUGGGCUGAAAAUUAACAAGAGAGGGGAUGGGAAGUUUGCUAAAAAUGCACAUUUUUAUCCUUAAAUCUUGAUAUCUAAUACCUUGUCUUUUGAAA